AGGACGAUGAUGAUGUUUUUUGUAGAGCUAUUACAUUGUAUUCAUGAAAAUUGUGAGCAAAAUGAAUCAGAUGAUAAUGAAAAUUAUGAUAUUGAUCGACGGUCACUCUGCUCUGAACAAAAGGGCAGGAGCCCCUGCCUCAAAGAAACGAAAGUCUCUAGAUCUAGAAAGUGGAGAAGAACGUUGAAAACAAAUGAGAACACUGCCACACCUUGCUCAGAUUGGGUGGAGAUUUUAGAACAAGAAAAUAGGAGCGUAAGUCCUCCAGCUUUGAACUCAAACUUAGAAGGUUUACUUUUGACAGAGGCAUGUAAUCUCGACGAGUCAGAUACAGAAAGUUCUAGCAAUGUCACUGGUAGUAGAUCAG